AAAAAAAUUCAUUACAAUCCAUAAAGGAGAAGCAUAAAGGGAAAAGAAAGAAAAAAACAAGUUAAGAAGAAAAAAAAUGACAUCGCCGUUAUUAUCAUCACCGUCUUCAUUUCUCCGUAGAAAACGCCGUCUCACUCACUUGUUCUACACCGUACUCGCUUUCAUUCUACUCGCCGCCUUCAUCUACGGCCACGAUUUCCUCUCUUUCUCCCGUCGAUCCCUUCGCUCUCCGACUGUCCUCCACCAAUCCGCUAUUUUCGUCGUGGUCAACGAUCCUCCACCGCCUCCGCCACCAUCUCCUCCGCCGCCGCGGCAUUCUCCCCCACCACCAUCUCCUCCUCCACCUCCGGCUUUUGCGGUGGGGAAGACGCCGGAAGGAUGCGAUGUGUUCAAAGGGAAUUGGGUCAAAGACGGGUCAACGCGGCCGUUUUACGGAGAAUCCGAGUGUCCGUACAUUCAGCCUCAGCUCACUUGCCGCACGCAUGGCCGUCCCGAUAGCGAUUAUCAGUCCUGGAGAUGGCAGCCUGAAUCCUGCUCGCUUCCCUCGUUUGAUGCGAAGAUGAUGCUUGAGAGCUUAAGAGGGAAGAAGAUGAUGUUUGUCGGAGAUUCGUUGAACAGAGGAAUGUAUGUUUCUCUCAUCUGUCUUCUUCAUUCACAGAUCCCAGAACAUUCCAAAUCCAUGGCUACAUUUGGUUCCCUCACCGUCUUCUCUCUCAAGGAUUACAAUGCGACGAUCGAGUUCUAUUGGGCACCGUUUCUUCUAGAAUCGAAUUCGGAUAACGCUACAGUCCAUAGAGUAUCUGAUCGGAUUGUGAGGAAACACUCGAUCAACAAACACGGUAGGCACUGGCGAGGCGCUGAUAUCGUCGUGUUCAACACAUACUUGUGGUGGAGGACUGGCUUCAAGAUGAAGAUCUUGGAAGGUUCAUUCAAGGAUGAGAACAAGAGAAUCGUUGAGAUGGAGAGCGAAGAUGCUUAUCGGAUGGCACUGAAGACUAUGGUUAAAUGGGUGAAGAAGAAUAUGGAUCCGUUGAAGACACGGGUCUUCUUCGCAACCAUGUCCCCUACUCAUUACAAGAGCGAGGAUUGGGGAGGCGAGCAAGGGAAGAACUGUUACAAUCAAACGACACCGAUCCAAGACAUGGACCAUUGGCCAUCAGACUGCAGUAAAACGUUAAUGAAAGUGAUCGGAGAGGAAUUAGACCGGAACGAUGAUUUUCCGGUGACGGUACUCAACAUAACACAACUCUCAGGCUACCGGAAAGAUGCGCACACAUCGAUAUACAAGAAGCAAUGGAGCCCAUUGACGAAGGAGCAGCUAGCCAAUCCGGUUAGCUACUCAGACUGUAUACAUUGGUGCUUACCUGGUCUUCAAGAUACUUGGAACGAGCUUCUCUUUGCUAAGUUAUUUUAUCCUUGAUUCUUUUCUUUCAAUUCGAGAUUUUGUAGAACUGUAAUUGUAAAUUAUGGUUGUUUUUUUUUUCGUUCUGUUAAUUAUGUAACACUCUUAUAUGUACGAAGAGGAGAAAAAGAGUACCUCCAUUGUUCU